CAACUCAGUUGGGAGUUGGGACGAUGCGAAAACAAACACGGACACCCAUUUCAAAUAUUGGAGUCAGUUUUAGCCAAGUAAAACUACUACUCUCUGAACGAGCUACAUCAAAAGCUUGCAGGAAAAAUUGUCAACCCAGAUUUUCGUGCUAGAGGAUAUUGAAAUAGUUAAAUAGUUUAGAAGGAGACUGCAGGAGCAAGGACUAUCGAUUUGUCGAGAAUCCGUUUUUUCGCUCAACACGAAAGGAAGUCAUUUGUCCCUGGAAUCCGAGAACAAAACCUCGUCUUUUGGGAGAAGGAAAAUGGUGUCGAUUCGCAGCAUUCGCUGUCUCCUGCUGCUUUUCUCCCUUCCCCUUUUGUUGUCGAAGGUCACAAGUGUUCGAGGGAUGGCGGCAGCGGCAGUUGCAAGCGGAGAAAAAACCUUUAGGCCAGGUUUCGACAUGAAUGUUCACCCUUCUAACAUACAUGCGGUCCUCGUCUCUACCAGCCGCUAUUGGUUUAACUAUAGGCAUGCGAUCAACGCCCUUGGAAUGUACGAGCUGUUUCGAAAGAAUGGAAUCCCAGACGAGAACAUCAUCCUGAGUACGUACCGAGAACGGGUUCGCGCAACAAAAUUUUCGUGAAUUUAUACUAUUUUGGAUACAACUAUGCCUGCUUUUUUAACAUCGAAAGUCUCAAGUCACGUUAUCCUUCCUUUUUCCAAAUGCUAUUUUUCCGUACAGUGAUCGCCGAUGAAUUUCCGAUCAAUGCUCGCAACCCUUUUAAGAAUAGGAUGCACGGAGAAGGUAUAGAAGUCACCGGCUGGUACAACAAUCGAACUGAAAUAGAUUAUCGAGGUUCUGAUGUGACGGUGCAAAACUUUUUAGACAGUAUCUUGGGGUUUGCGCCAAAAUCGCUUCAAAGCCUAAACGAAGAAAGCAACUUAUUGAUAUACUUCACGGGUCAUGGUGGAAAUCAGUUUUUCAAAUUCCAAGAUGAGGUACGUAGCAUUUGAGCACAGAAAGCGGAAACAGGAUAGCGUUGUGUUUUUCUUUUCUGUUUCCAAUUUGCUUACGAAAAUCUUAUCAAUGCAGGAAGAACUCACGGCACAGGACAUCGCGAACCUGAUGGAUAGAUUGCAAGAUGAAAAAAAAUUCAAGAAAGCACUUUUGAUAGGUAAGUUGGAUCGGAAAUGAGCCAUUCCGAAACUUCCCAAGUCUAUGUUUGGGUCUUACUCACGCUGGAUUUAUUUUUUGCUUUUCAGCCGACACAUGUCAAGCAUUUACAAUAUUCGACAAACUCACGACACCAAAUGUCUUGGCGUUGGGAACUAGUUUGAUUGACGAGAAUGCAUAUGCGCACCGUAGUAAGUCAAGAUUUGUUUUAAUAUAAUUCGUAUGCAUUUUAUGUCGACUGGAUGAUGUCUUCUUUCCAAACGACUGUGUGCACCAUAAUCUUCAUGAUGAUAUUCCAUUUGUUUCUACUCGCCUUACAGUGCAGUUUUAAUUUUAAAUUUAUUUAAUUUAACGCAGCUGACAAGGAUCUCGGACUUGGCGCUAUUGAACGAUGGACACAUCAUUUCAUUAAAAACUAUCGCAGCUCAGAGACAGAUUUGGAGACUACAUUGCACCAGGUCAUGGUCGCCCCAUUUGACAAGAGAAGUAUUUUAAUGGCGCGUGUUGGCAUUACGAAUCAAAGCAAAUUCAAGAGCAUUAAAGUGUCCGAAUUCUUCGGAAUCAAGGGAGUCAUAGAUGAUGGUGUUGUAGAUGAUGCAGGAACGUUUGUCGAGAUUGCGCCAGAAGCCUUGCUCAAGUUGCCACAGAAUGUGCGAGACUUUACUUUGGCGCAGUCAUCUCCGGUUGCAAAAGGAGUCACGGCGAAUGUAUGUUUUACGGAAGAAAAAGAUGAUCCGCUUCAACUGACCGGUGGUGGCGUCUGCCUGUUCUUUUGCGUGGUGCUCUUGACUCUGGUGUUGGUACAGAAACUGGAAAAACAUUUGAUGGAGAUAUGAGGGAGCUUGUCUAAUCCUAAAAUUUCAUGGUUUCGAAUUGUAAGAGUUUCCGUCCCAUAACGUUAAGCUUGGCGAUGUGACUAAAAUUUGAGCAAGUAGAAAUGGAAAUAACAAGAGACGUUUUGGUUUGAUACCUCGAUCAAGGCGAAUUUAUUACUGUAUUAGAUAAAAACACUACAUUGAA